UCAGAAUCGGCUUUUAACAUCAUGUCAGAGCAAAAAGAUCGAGAUCCUCCAUCGGUAGAGUCCGUGACCUCGAGCGAGCCAGAUCUCCCAACUGUCAGAGGCCACGUUCCGUACAAAGUUUGGCUCGUCCAAGGACUGUAUUUCCUGGAGAGAGCUGCAUUCUACGGACUCAGUCAACCCCUCCAGAAUUACCUCCAGCUGUCUCGAGAUGACCCUUUUCGCCCAGGGGCGCUUGGUCUAGGACAGGCACGAGCUGUAUUGAUCAUCUACAUCUGGUUUGUAUACAGCUAUAGCACACCGCUGGCAGGGGGCUUGCUAGCAGACUGCUGGCUUGGCCGGCGCAAAACAAUUCAAGUCGGAUUUCUAAUAUACCUGGUGGGACUCGGCAUUGUCACGGCUACCGCUUUCACGCAGCGAAUUUACGGCACAGGAGGCCUCCCAGGCUUCAUCGUUGGCAUGCUUCUCGUUGGUGCUGGCACCGGAACUGUAAAACCCAAUAUAACUGUCUUCUUAAUUGACCAGCUCCCGGAAGAGGAACCCAAAAUCGUCACCUUAAAGAACGGGGAGUCAGCAACAGUGAGCCGUGAUCUCACGAUUUCCUUUAUUUGGAAUGUCAAUUACUGGGUGAUCAACAUUGGAGGGCUGUGCGGCAUUAUCACCACCAAUGUCGAGAAGUAUGCCUAUGCCGGCUUUGGCUUUGCCUUUCUGAUCUGUCUCUGCUUGAUUGGCAUAUCUGCCACAAUUUUCCAAAUUGGAUACACAAAAUUCGACACCGCACCACCGUCCGGAAAUCCUGUCGCGAAUUUGGUCGGCGCAUUGCGUCGCCGCCGGGAAGCAGCCCAUCCCAGGCCCGAUUUGACAGAAGUGGUAACACAGACGCCUUCUCAAAACGGCUCUAUACCUUCAAGGGACGAUGAGACUACAAUAGCGGAUGCAAAGUCCGCCCUUCGCGCCUGUUUAGUCUUCCUUCCUUUCCCAGCCCUAAUGCUAUCCGUCAACCUUAUGGACAGCACCCUCAUAGCGCAAGCAGGCACCAUGCAGACCCACGGCCUCCCUAACGAUAUCAUGUACAAUCUUAAUCCCAUAUCCGUCAUGGUCUUUCUGCCCUUCUUUCAAAGCUGGAUCUACCCCACGCUAGCCAGAAUGAAAGUCAACUUUUCACCGGAACACCGCAUCGGCGUGGGGCUCUUCUGUGCCGCGCUUGCGCUGGCAUACACCACUGGAAUUCAGCACCUCAUAUAUUCGACUGGUCCCUGCUUCAGCCGCCCACUCAAAUGUCUUGGUGGGAGCAUCCCCAACGACGUCUCCGUUGGACUACAGACCCCGACUUACGUGCUGCUCGGGUGGGCGGAGAUCCUGGCCAUCGUGGCGGGUACCCAGCUUGCUUAUGCGCGGGCCCCGGCGAGUAUGAAGUCAAUCGUGCAGGCUCUCUUCAACUUUUUCAGCGCCUUGGGAUCGCUGAUCGGUGGUGGGGUGUCUUUCGCUGCCUAUGAUCCCAAUAUGGUCAUCGUGUAUGGAUCAAUCACCGGGCUGCUGCUCUUCGUCAGUGUUGCUUUCGAGCUUAGCUAUUUUGUCAGGGGCAAAGUCUGA